UAGGACGCGCUCUCCACUUGUUCUUGCUAUCCGUUGCGCGAUUUCCGUGGCAAAAGCGUAGAAGCGCGCCAAAAAAAGCGCGCGCAAAAACAAAAAGCCAAGCUAACGGGACAAAAGUCGCGCGCGACUCGUAAGCUUGUUUACUUUGCCAUUAUAAAUCCGGCGGGCGCUUUGUUUGUGUUUGUGUUGAUCAGCAGCACCCAUAGCGAAUUAAUUUCAAAGUGUUUGGCUAUUAGUGACUAGCGAUAAACGAUAUCCGAGAACAAUAAUUUCGCAAACGAUCUGCAGGCCGUGCAAUCUGCUCAAAAUGCUUAAAAUGCCGCUGCAGCUGAGCAGUCAGGAUGGCAUAUGGCCAUCCAGAUCCCGGCGACUCCACCACCACCACCAACUGGCUUAUCAUCAUCAAAAGCAGCAGCAGCAGCAGCAGCAGCAGCAGCAGAAACAAAAGCAAAAUGGAGUGCAGCAAGGACGUUCGCCGAUAUUCAUGCCAGUGAUGCUGCUCCUCCUGAUGGCCACUCUGCUCACGCGCCCGCUGAGCGCCUUUUCCAACCGUUUAUCCGACACAAAGCUUCACGAGAUCUACCUGGACGACAAGGAGAUUAAGCUGAGCUGGAUGGUGGACUGGUACAAGCAGGAGGUGCUUUUCCACUUGCAGAAUGCUUUCAACGAACAACACCGCUGGUUCUAUCUGGGGUUCUCCAAGCGCGGCGCUUUGGCGGAUGCGGAUAUUUGCUUCUUUGAGAAUCAGAAUGGGUUCUUCAACGCAGUAACCGAUACGUACACCAGUCCGGAUGGGCAGUGGGUGAGGCGGGACUACCAGCAGGACUGUGAGGUCUUCAAGAUGGAUGAGUUCACGCUGGCCUUUAGGCGCAAGUUCGAUACCUGUGACCCUUUGGAUCUGCGACUCCAUGAGGGCACAAUGUACGUGGUUUGGGCCCGUGGUGAAACGGAGCUGGCCCUGGAGGAUCACCAGUUCGCCCUGCCCAAUGUGACGGCUCCGCACGAGGCGGGUGUUAAGAUGCUACAGCUGCUCCGGGCCGACAAGAUACUUAUACCCGAGACCGAGCUGGAUCACAUGGAGAUCACCCUGCAGGAGGCGGCAAUUCCCAGCCAGGAGACCACCUACUGGUGUCACGUUCAGCGACUGGAGGGCAAUCUCCGGCGUCGCCAUCACAUCGUCCAGUUCGAGCCGCUCAUCCGGACGCCGGGCAUCGUGCACCACAUGGAAGUCUUCCACUGCGAGGCCGGCGAGCACGAGGAGAUUCCCCUGUACAACGGCGACUGCGAACAAUUGCCGCCACGGGCCAAGAUCUGCUCUAAAGUGAUGGUCCUGUGGGCCAUGGGAGCCGGCACCUUUACCUAUCCUCCGGAGGCCGGCCUGCCAAUCGGCGGACCCGGCUUCAAUCCGUAUGUUCGGCUGGAGGUUCAUUUCAAUAAUCCGGAAAAGCAGUCUGGCCUGGUGGACAACUCCGGCUUCCGCGUCAAGAUGUCAAAGACACUGCGUCAGUAUGACGCCGCCGUAAUGGAACUGGGCCUGGAGUACACCGACAAAAUGGCCAUUCCGCCUGGCCAAACCGCUUUUCCGCUGAGCGGCUACUGUGUGGCGGACUGCACUCGAGCCGCUCUGCCGGCGACGGGCAUCAUCAUCUUUGGCUCUCAGCUGCAUACCCAUCUGCGUGGCGUCCGCGUCCUUACCCGCCACUUUCGCGGCGAGCAGGAGCUGCGCGAGGUGAACCGCGACGACUUCUACUCGAAUCACUUCCAGGAGAUGCGCACCUUGCACUACAAGCCACGUGUCCUGCCCGGCGACGCUUUGGUAACCACUUGCUACUACAACACUAAGGAUGACAAGACCGCCGCCCUCGGCGGAUUCUCCAUCAGCGACGAGAUGUGCGUCAACUACAUCCACUACUAUCCGGCCACCAAACUGGAGGUCUGCAAGAGUUCCGUUUCCGAGGAGACGCUCGAGAAUUACUUUAUUUACAUGAAGCGCACGGAGCAUCAGCACGGCGUGCAUCUGAAUGGAGCCAGGUCGUCCAAUUACCGGAGCAUCGAGUGGACCCAGCCGCGGAUCGAUCAGCUGUACACCAUGUACAUGCAGGAGCCGCUGAGCAUGCAGUGCAACAGGUCCGAUGGCACUCGCUUCGAGGGGCGGGCCAGCUGGGAGGGCGUGGCAGCGACGCCCGUCCAAAUCCGCAUACCCAUUCACCGCAAACUGUGCCCCAACUACAAUCCGCUGUGGCUGAAGCCAUUGGAGAAGGGCGAGUGCGAUUUGCUGGGGGAGUGCAUCUAUUAGGGGCGCCGUACAUUAGGCAUUAGGCGAAUAGGCGAAUGGGGGCGUGGCAUAGCACACACUCACACCCACACACACACACACAUACAGCACAUGCACACGCGCACGGCAUGGAUAAUACGAGGAUUUGGAUUUCAACAGUCGCCUAUGCAAAAGCUGAACUCAUUCACCACUCACGUCGAAUUGGCGGGAGCAUAUUCUAUUUUGAAAGCUUAACUCAUGAAUACUUUUGAAUAUUUAGCUAAAAUAGCUUGAAAUUAGAUCUAACAGCAUUGGAAAAAGGUUAUUUUACUCCUAUUUGGUUAGUUAGUUCAGUGCGAUGGCUUAUUAACAGUAACUAACUGAUAGCCUAAAUGUUUUUGUUGACCUUACUUUGAAAUUCGCAAGGGAAAUCAGAGGAAUCACUGUAAUUUGUAUAGCCCUGAGUGGUUUUUACGCCUUAUGGAAGUUAGACUGUAGUCGCUUUGUAUUUUACCCUUUAUCCGCAUGGUCAUUAGCAUUAUCAUCGUGUACGUGUGUGUGUGUUUUUUUGUUUGUGUGUAAGGGCAACAGGGCAAAACAAAUGUUUUCACUCUUUAAAUAACUAAUGCAUUUACCAAUCCUGCCCAUGUUGUUCACCCUUUUACUUUCACUUUGCUUUUGCUUUCGCCUUUGACUUGGCUCGUGCCCUUUGCCCUUGUUGUUUUGGCCAGCCUUUGAAAUUUGCCGACUGACAGCGCCGCCAGGCUAGAACGUUUAAUACGAAACAGCUUACAAAGCAUGGCCCACACACACACUCACACGCACACACACAAGCGCACUGAACUUGGCUGAGACGAAACUGUAGCAUACUUCUCAGCGCCAGCUGAAAAAUUAAAUGGCCAACUGACUGAAUGAAACGGAGGAGCGUUCUUAAACGGACAAACUGGCCGGAAACAAGAAGGCCAAGAAAUGGGAGGCGAACUCUCACUGUUUAUACAAUAUAAAUGAGCAAACUUUUGAUGCAACCCGACGUUGCCAAGUCUAAUUACCAAGAAGCUCGGGGAAAGACGGCACGCGAAAAGGCGGACAAAAAUCGAAAGAAAAAACAAAAUUAAAUUGGUAUGAGAUCCUAUUGGAAAUGUGAAAAGUUGGCGCGGAGGGGAUCAUGGGACAUGGUAGAUGGGCUACCAGCAGCCAGGAGCUUACCACAUGCACCCAUGUGUUUCUUUCACAAAAGGGGAGUCCCCCAGUCGCCUCAUUCCAUUCCCUGUUAAUCCAACCCUAUCAGUCCUUCACGCUUUUCUUACUUUUCACUACCGUUUCCCUAUCGACAUAAAUGCACCCACACAUACACUUACACGUCCGCACACACACACACCCACACCGACAUACAUUUGAGUAAACAUGUAAUGGAUACGUUUAAGUGUAGCCAACAUACAUAUGUAAGAUGUGAUAAUUGUUCUAUGGCUAUAAAUGAAAUAUAUAUACACAUGAAUAUAUAAACUAUGUAGAUGAAAUAUUUAUAAAAAACAAAAACCAAGCGAAAGCGAAACCAAAAAAAAAGUAAAAUGUAUAAUUAUCUAAUAAAAACUG